AUGCGAGCGCGCUCGGGGCUCCUCAGGCCCGCAAGGCCCACAAAGAGAGUGCGGGAUGUCUGUCAUGGGCAUGGCCAUCAGAAGAAAAAGAAAGAAGAAAAGAAAGAAGAAGAAGAGGGCACGAGAACGCCAGCUGUCUUCCGUGUGGUAGCUUCACAGGCUUGGAGCUGGGCUGGUGAAGGCAAAGAUGACAUCACAACGGUCCGCUGCAAAGAACUUGUCCCUGGGCACGCGAUGCUUUCCAACACACAGUGGGGCACGCACACCCACACACAGAGCAUUGUCAACAACAUCUCAGUCAACCUGAAACAGGUCCCCAGUCCCAAGUAA